CAAGCAGGGGGCAUGUUUCAGCCCUGUUGGUGUUACAGCAACUCUUUUAGCCACGCCAUUCAGCAGGUCCUGAGUUCUUGUCCUGCAACCAGGAAGAAGGAGAUAUGCAGACAAGCUGAGGGUGAGCAAGAUGAAGAGGAUCUGUAUUGAGCAAUAGAACAGCUCAGAGAUGACCCACAGUGCCAGGAUGUCCCAGUGAGUGUUCAGCCCUAGCAGAAAGGAUAGCUCCUCUCUGCAGUGAUAGACUGGAAUGAUGUUAGAAAACACAAAUAUGGUCACCUAUCAGAGUCUGCAUCUCAAUAUCAAGAAACUGCUGACAUCCUGGAGCUAGGUCAUUUUACCUGGGACAAAUACCUAAAAGAAACAUGUUCAGUCCCAGCGCCUGUCCAUUGCUUCAAGCAGUCCUACACACCUCCAAGCAACGAAUUCAAGAUCAGUAUGAAAUUGGAAGCACAGGACCCCAGGAACACCACAUCCACCUGUAUUGCCACAGUAGUUGGACUGACAGGUGCCCGCCUUCGCCUGCGCCUUGAUGGGAGUGACAACAAAAAUGACUUCUGGCGGCUGGUUGACUCAGCUGAAAUUCAGCCUAUUGGGAACUGUGAAAAGAAUGGGGGUAUGCUACAGCCACCUCUUGGAUUUCGGCUGAAUGCAUCUUCUUGGCCCAUGUUCCUUUUGAAGACAUUAAAUGGAGCAGAGAUGGCUCCCAUCAGGAUUUUCCACAAGGAGCCACCAUCACCUUCCCACAACUUCUUCAAAAUGGGAAUGAAGCUAGAAGCUGUGGACAGGAAGAACCCUCAUUUCAUUUGCCCAGCCACUAUUGGGGAGGUUCGGGGCUCAGAGGUGCUUGUCACUUUUGAUGGGUGGCGAGGGGCCUUUGACUACUGGUGCCGCUUCGACUCCCGGGACAUCUUCCCUGUGGGCUGGUGUUCCUUGACCGGAGACAACCUACAGCCUCCUGGCACCAAAGUUGUGAUUCCAAAGAAUCCCUAUCCUGCCUCGGAUGUGAAUACUGAGAAGCCCAGCAUCCACAGCAGCACCAAAACUGUCUUGGAACAUCAACCAGGGCAGAGGGGGCGUAAACCAGGAAAGAAGCGGGGCCGGACACCCAAGACCCUAAUUUCCCAUCCCAUCUCUGCCCCAUCCAAGACAGCUGAACCUUUGAAAUUCCCAAAGAAGAGAGGUCCCAAACCUGGCAGCAAGAGGAAACCUCGAACUUUGCUGAACCCACCACCUGCCUCACCAACAACCAGCACUCCUGAACCGGAUACCAGCACUGUACCCCAAGAUGCUGCCACCAUCCCCAGCUCAGCCAUGCAGGCCCCCACAGUUUGUAUCUACUUGAACAAGAAUGGCAGCACAGGCCCCCACUUAGAUAAGAAGAAGGUCCAGCAACUCCCUGACCAUUUUGGACCAGCCCGUGCCUCUGUGGUGUUGCAGCAGGCUGUCCAGGCCUGUAUCGACUGUGCUUAUCACCAGAAAACCGUCUUCAGCUUCCUCAAGCAAGGCCAUGGUGGUGAGGUUAUCUCAGCCGUGUUUGACCGGGAACAGCAUACCCUCAACCUCCCAGCAGUCAACAGCAUCACCUACGUCCUCCGCUUCCUGGAGAAACUCUGCCACAACCUUCGUAGUGACAAUCUGUUUGGCAACCAGCCCUUUAUACAGACUCACUUGUCACUCACUGCCACAGAGUACAGCCACAGCCACGACAGGUACCUACCAGGUGAAACCUUUGUCCUGGGGAAUAGUCUGGCCCGGUCCUUGGAACCACACUCAGACUCAAUGGACUCUGCCUCGAAUCCCACCAACUUUGUCAGCACCUCCCAAAGGCACCGGCCCUUGCUUCCAUCCUGUGGCCUCCCACCAAGCACUGCCUCAGCUGUGCGCAGGCUAUGCUCCAGGGGAGUGUUAAAAGGAUCAAAUGAAAGAAGGGAUAUGGAAUCAUUUUGGAAACUAAAUCGUUCCCCAGGGUCGGACCGAUACCUGGAGAGCCGGGAUGCCUCUCGACUGAGUGGCCGGGACCCCUCCUCAUGGACAGUCGAGGACGUGAUGCAGUUUGUCCAGGAAGCUGAUCCUCAGCUUGGACCCCACGCUGACCUCUUUCGCAAACACGAGAUCGAUGGCAAGGCCCUGCUGCUGCUGCGCAGUGACAUGAUGAUGAAGUACAUGGGCCUGAAGCUGGGGCCUGCGCUCAAGCUCUCCUACCACAUUGACCGGCUGAAGCAGGGCAAGUUCUGAACUGGGAGAGGCAGCCUAGACAACCAAGUGGUCAGCAGGUGGGGGCAUUCUUCUAGUAAUGAGGGGCAUCAGCCCACCCCAGGCACCUCAGUGGGGUUCCGGGCCACCUCAGGACUCCAAGAGGCUAUGUGGAGGUACCAGUCCUAGCCACAGCUGCCAUGAUAUGUCCUUCCAUGAAGGACUGAGGAGGGAGAGUGGGGAUCCAGGGCUGGUGCUGCUCUUCCCUGAGCUCUGCUGGGGAUCUAAGGUCCCUCUAUUUAUUUCUUAAGCUUGGCUGGCCUCUCAACCAGGAGUUUAGGCUGAAUGCCUUCCAAGUGAUGGAGGAAAAGGCCAACUUUGUCCUGGUCUUGCUGUGGCACCCCAUCACCCCACAGCUCCUACCUUCUCAUCAGAUUCCCCUGAAUCCAAACUCAUGGUGCAAACCUCUACCUUUUUACAAAAAGAUCUUAUUGUUAAUUUAUUGUUUCUGGCACUUGGGCAAACCCUGUAGUUAAUACUCUUUCCACACUAGACACUGGGUUUCAGGAGGAGGGAGACUGCCCUGCCUUGAUCCCAGAGAGGCCUUCUCCAGAUAGGCGUGGCCCCUCUUCAGAGGACCCUGAAGUGAAGAGACCCAUAAAGCCUUGACCACAUCACUCCAUAUGGGGAGAAGGAUCCCUGCCACCUUCUCCUCUCUUCAUGGGGCCCUUCUGCAGCCCUAGGCCUCAUCUGUGGGAAGGGAGUACCUGGCCCAUACUGCCCCCACCACAGCUCCUUGCCCUGGCCAGAACUGCUGUUGAAGAAGAUCAGGCCGUAUGAUCUUAGGCCAAGAAGGCCCUAAGGGGGAUGGGAGGGCAGGUUUUCCAGGCUGGAGUCGGUUCCACCCACUCUGCUGUCCAUAUGCUUCCUUGUAAGCAAGUCAGCAGCACAGCUGCCAUCUGGACUUAUUUUAUGUCAAUCUGUUUAUAAAUAAAAACCAAUAUAGAUACCA